UUUGUAAGCCAAAACAGUUUGAGGCCGUAAUAAAAGUUGCAAAUCUUUGAAGAAUCAAAUAUUAGCUUUGACCAGACUAGGAAAACUUUACUUUGCCAACGAUUCGGCGCCUUUGAUGACUUCAAAGAUAGAAACAACAUUGCAGAAUUUCUCGCUGUUUUUAAUUGAAAUUUUCUAACUUUUUAUUGCAAUUUAGAUGUUAUUUUGACGCCGUUUAGUGGCCUUGUGGCGAUUCUAGGCGCUUUCGAUCUUUCAGACUUGAAGUUGAACACACGACAGGUGAUUUUAAUCUCGGGCAGGUUGAAAUUUCGAAACAGGACAUUUUCAAUUCAAGCUGAUAGCUUCUGCCACAAUUGAUAAGCAAGCUCACUGAUGACAGCUUUUUGACAGACUUGUUAAAGAGGGUGCACAUUCUCAUAACAGCUUGAUUCCUAUUGGACACAACUAAACGCAUACAACAGUCCUGUGUUAUCGACACUUGAAAUGUGGAACUGUUAUUGAAAAUUGGAAACACGGACAAGCCUUGAAGAAAUACUUGAAAGAAAAAAAAUGGUAAAAAUAGGUAUGCUUCGAUAAUUAGGUUGGCCGAGUUAAUCUGAAAACAAGGCUCUACGGGUUGAAAGGAGCUGAACCGCUGACAAGAAGGACUGGAUACUACCCCGACCUGUAGGCCCAUCAUAUCGACAGAGUCAGCAGGUAGAAAUUCCAGCACCACUCGAUGAUGGAAAAAGCAAUGGUGAUGCUUCUUGUUCUCGUUGUCACACCGAGUUCCUCGGUUAAUGCUGUCACGCCAACCAGUACCCAAUCUUGCUCAUUCAAGACUGAUAGUGACCAGUGCUGCGCAUUCCCGUUUGAAUUCGAGGGCAAAGUCUACUCGCAAUGUACGGCGGACGGGAGUGAAGGGGAAUGGAAACAACAAUGGCGGAACCCAUGGUGUGUGACGGGCGAGAAGAGACUCCAAAGCGCAUGCCUAAGAUAUGCUCAUAGUUGUGGCGGCGAGCGAGACUCACCAGGCGUCAUAUCCUCAUCCGGGUUCCCAAGUGGCUACCGCAACGGCUCACAAUGUGAUUGGCUGAUCAAUAUGCCAGCAGCCAAUCAGAUCACGCUGAACUUCACUGACGUCAGCCUGAGUAAAGACCAAUCAUGUGAUGACGCUUAUGUCGAUAUCUUUGAUGGAGACAACUCCACCUACCCCCUGUUGGGAAGAAUUUGUGGCAACUCCAUUCCUCCACCCGUUGUCUCCAGUGGAAACCAGAUGCUGAUCAAAUUCAGAGCGAUGCGAUCGGGGGUGGGAUUGGGUAGAGGUUUCAGAGCAUAUUUUGAUUCAGGUGAGUGUGCGGUACGUACGUACGGCGGUAAUGGCCAUGGGGCUUGCUGUGUGUUUCCCUUCACUUACAAAGGUCACCUGUACAACACGUGCAUCACCAAGGAUACCGGCACUGCUGGGGUCAUCGGUAAUCCCUGGUGUUCCGUGACAGACAACUACGACCGAGACAAGAAAAGAGGGUUGUGUGUCACUGAGAACGUCACAUGUCAUCCGACCUGGCAGUUCACGUGUAACAACAACCACUGGUGGAAACAAUGCAUCGACAUCUCGUACAAAUGUGACGGAAAACCCGAGUGUGCGGACCACUCAGACGAGAAUGACUGUCCACCUCUUAUCAACCCGGAUCGCUGCAACGUCAUCCAUAUAUACCAACCGAGGAACAAAAAACAUCCAUUCGUCUGGAAACUCUCCAGAAAAUGCGUGUAUACGAACAGAUGUACCCUCAAUACCACACAAGAGGAGCGUGACGCCCCUUGUAAGAUCAGCUCAUGGUUCAAGUGCCGUAGCGGUGUGUGCAUUCCUCCCCAGUGGAUUUGUGAUGGAAAAGAUGACUGUGGGGACCGGAGUGACGAAUCGGUGGGUCGGUGUGAAUACAAGGACAAAAAACCUAGCUCAUGUAGCUGGAUUAAUGACUGCAAGAAAACGGUGAAUGCUUGGGAAAAGAAGUUUGGUGAAGGCGUCAAAAGCAUACAGAAUACAGUCGUCUGCUACGCUAAGAACACGACCACUAUCCCGAACUACCUACCACAUACAACCACUAGCAUGUACUUAAUAAAAAAAAGAAUCAAACAGCUUCAGCCGUACAGCUUUGAACGCUACGGCGAUCUACAAAAACUAGAUCUUCGUGGAAAUCGCAUCACCACCAUCGAGCCAUUUACCUUCGCCAACCUCAACAGUCUUACAGAACUAAAACUCUCGAACAACUUGCUGAAGAUUAUCAGAAGCAAUACCUUUGAUGGCCUGUUUUCACUGGAGCAUCUAAAGCUUGAUGGGAAUCCGGUCACAUUAAUCGAGACAGCGGGAUUCCAUGGAUUGCGAAAACUCAGAGAACUCAACCUUACAAACUUGGACCUAGAGACCAUUCACGACAAUGCCUUUUCAGGGAUGGACACUCUGCAGAGAUUGUACCUGGAUCGUAAUGCAAAUCUAUAUCGCCUGCCGCUCGACAUCUUCGAGAAUCUCCCAUUGGAGUUCCUGAAAGCAGAUCGAUUCGAGUUUUGCUGCAUCGCCAAGCUCUCCGGCGCCAACUGCUCCGCUCCUAAAGAUCUCUUCUCUUCCUGCAACGACUUGAUGGCGAACGAAACUCUUGGCAUCUCCAUAUGGAUUCUGGGAUGUAUUGCCUUAUUUGGAAACGGCUUUGUACUUAUAUGGCGAUUGAAGACGAAGAGUGAGAGUAGAGUUCACUCUUUACUUCUCCUCAAUUUGGCUCUGUCUGAUUUCAUGAUGGGUGUUUACAUGGUAGUCAUUGGCUCAGUCGAUAAAUACUACCGCGGUAAAUACUUCAUAUACAACGAAGAAUGGAAGAGGAGCCACUUGUGUCAAUUCUGUGGAUUUCUAUCCACGGUUUCUUGUGAAGCAUCUGUGUUUAUUCUUACCACAAUGACAGUCGAUCGUUACGUUGCGAUUGUCCACCCUCUGAGAAACUUAUGUCUAAAGAUAUCCGGCGCUUACAAAGCGUUAAUAUCUAUAUGGCUCUUGGCGUUCAUACUUGCGUUUCUUCCGCUAACUGGUAUCAAAUACUUUAAGGAUUUUUAUGGAAGGUCAGGCGUAUGCUUACCUUUGCAUCUCACAGCAGAGAAACCGGCAGGAUGGGAAUACUCCGUUUUUGUAUUCCUUGUUCUUAACUUUAUCUCCUUCAUGGCGAUUUUUAUACUCUACUUCAUUAUGUUCAUCAAGAUCAAACAGUCACAUCAGUUAACAGGGACCGGGUCUCACCAGCGAUCUGCGACGGCGUCAAUCGGCUCACGCAUGGUCUUUAUCGUCCUUACAGACUUUGUGUGCUGGAUACCUAUUAUUAUAAUAGGAAUUGCGUCGUUAUCAGGAAUGCAGGCGCCCCCUGAGGUUUACGCUUGGGUGGCCGUGUUUGUGCUACCUCUUAAUUCAGCCCUUAACCCAAUCCUCUAUACCAUAUCAACGACGAACUUCCGAAAGAAUGUGGGAGCACAUUAUAGGCGUAGCUCAAAAAGACUCCAAAAUUUGACCUACUUUACUACUGACAAUCCUGAGACGGAGAUCUCUCGGAGGGUGACGAAGUCCAUGUCUUUGUCCACGACAAAAACUACGACACCGGACACAACGUUAGAAAGGAGGACUCUACUAAGACGGAACGGCAAACCAGCAAGCCAGAAGAAGACAUGCAAAAGCUGCUGCUCACCAAUAGCGGAGCGACAAGAGUUCAUUGAGUCACCGGUUUAAAGUGCGACCUGUUAGGUAGAAAAUGAUUGCUUGGCUUGUGUUCAUAAAAAUUACAAAUCGAUGAUCAAAUCUUUUUUUGUUAAUAACGUCAUGUAGCUUGAUAGAAUGGGGAACUGUGACGUCAUGAAGCGGAUCACAAUAGUAUGCUAGUGUUCAUGUAACGGAUUUUAUUUUACUGUUUUUUUUAUCCAGCAAACUUUUGUGACGUCACAUAUUUUGUUAAUCGCUGCUGGCACAAUAUAGUUGGCAGGCAUUAGGAAAUGUCGAAUUAUUGAAUUAUUAGCUAAAUUUUUACAAUUGACGAAUUGCAUUUCCCACUUAAAAAGGUGGUAGUGAGCUUGAUAAAUCAAAACAUAACACGACAAUAGACACAUAAGUCGACAAUAGACACGUAAAUGAUUUACCCGAGUUUAUAAUUGCAGGGAAAGGGUAAGCUGAUAUCAACAGCGUGCCUAGUAAAUUUUCCACGGAGACCAGGUUGCCUUUUACUACAUUUGUAUGUUGUCAUGGAUUAUGUCAUGGUUAGCGCUAGAUUUUACCCGUUCGUUCAGUGUUUGGGCGCAAAAACGCUAAACAAACGUGUGAAGUAGCAUAGCCCUUCAUUGGCAUUUUUUCUUUGAUGAUUUGUAGUGAAUAAAAACGACUUCUCUAAGCUGUCUUGACGAUCACGUGCAUCACAGUUAUGCACAAGCUCAGAUGCUCUCCUUGUGGUUCUAAUCGUUCUAGUCUGGUAAUCAACCCUGGGCAAUCACGCCAUCACUUUUUAGCUCCCGCGCAUUAUACCGAGCCAUUAUUGUAAUAUCGUUAAUAAAGUAUCAGACUUUAA